UUUCCUUUUACACAGCUGACGAUCGAUAAGUCUUUCAUUGCAAGAAUAAUUUUGUUAUAGGUCGCCAUUUUUCUUUUUUUCUGCCCCCCCCCAAGUCGAAUCAGUUCCAUUUAGUGCAGCUCUACACACACGGAGGAAUGUUAUUCAUAUAGGCCUAUGGGUUGCAGAACUAUGUCGACUGUUGUUUAGUUGACUGGAUACAUUAUGUCAGGAAAACUGCACUGAAUGAAUGGCUAGCAAUGCUGACUCUAUUAAACCCGAUCCAACAUGGGAUCCAAUCUACAACAGCACACUAAAGAGUCAAAUACAGGAGACAUUCGUUUAUUUUGUUAUACCGGAAAACGUUUUACCAGUAAUUCUUAGGUACAACAUACUCACGAUCAAAGAUCAGGAGCACAUUAAAGCAGUGACCAAAAGCAAUGGCAAUAGUGAAGGCGCUGAUGUUUUAUUAGACCGAAUUAGUCGAUACCAAGGUUGGUUUGAAGUCUUUCAAGAAGUUCUUAGAGACGAUGCUGUGCGGUUAGUUCAUGUGGCUGAUCAGCUUAAUGCCAUUAAAGAGAAGACAUAUGAAAAAUUCUCCAAUAGAAAAAGUAGAAAGGUAAAGCUUGCUUUCCCUUUUAAAGUUAAAAAGAAACAUUCAUCUUCAGAGGAUGAAGUAAUGAUUGAUAAAGGUAAAUUUAUAUAUAAUUAUGAUACAUGA